AUGGGGAUUAACAGCGAGCGACAUGUUGGAGCCUUCAAUUUCGCUACUGUCUUGGCUUUAUGUCUAGGAAGUUUAACCUAUGGUUACUCGUUUAGUGUCACGUCAACCACACUAGGACAGUCUUCCUUCUUUAGCUACUUCAAUCUUUCUGACAACGAAUCUUCUCCUUCUUAUGCUUUUACGAAUCGAAUCAUUGGUGGCUUAAAUGGCUGCUUUUCCGGUGGUGGCUUUCUCGGUGCUAUAUUUGGUGGUUGGGCCUGUGAUGCCUUGGGUCGAAAGAAAACCCUCCUCGUUUGUACCCCAAUUGGAGUUCUUGGAGGGGCGUUGCAAGGAGGAUCUGUGAAUAUUGCAAUGCUGCUUGCCGGUCGGCUGAUUGGUGGAUUUGCAGUUGGUGUGCUAAUGGUCCUUGUUCCCCUUUUUCAAUCCGAGAUUGCGCCUCCCGCUACCCGAGGCUUUCUUGUUUCCCAACAUGUUCUGAUGCAAAAUCGGCCCCGCGAGGCUUGGGAAGUAUUGCAAAAACUCCACGAUACAAAGAGCUCAUCAGAUCGAUCGUCAUUCGCCAAAAUAGAGUUCUAUCAAAUCACCAAACAAGUCGCCGAGGACCAAGAAAUGUCCAACUCGGAGACCGUUUGGACUCUGUUUACCAAGACCUCCUACCGAAAACGCAUGAUUUGUGCCUUUCUUGUGAUGUUUGGCUCGGAAUCAACUGGGAUACUAGUGGUAUAUAACUACAGCGUUCUCCUGUAUGAAGGUCUUGGUUUUACUGGAAGUAUACCUUUACUAUUAGCAGCUGCAUACGUGACAGUUGCUUUCUGUGGAAAUUAUAUCAGCUCCCUGUUGAUCGAUCGCAUUGGCCGAAGGACCUCGCUUGUUAUUGGUAUUUCCGGUUGUGGGAUUAGUCUCAUAUUUGAAGCUGCGCUCUCAGCAACUUAUGUUGGAACAACAAAUCAUGCUGGAUUGAGUGCUGGCGUUUUCUUUCUUUUUCUCUACAUUUCAUUCGAGAUCUUCCCAACUCAUAUCCGCUCCCGAGGGAUGUCUUGGUCGCUUGCUAUUUUGUUCCUUUCCACGGUCGCGUAUCUGAUACCGGCACCCACUGCUUUCGCGCAAGUAGGAUGGAAGUACUACUUGCUUUUUAUCCUCCUCACUGCCAUACAAGCACCCUUACUUUGGAUCAUGCUCCCAGAGACAAAAGGCCUAGCACUUGAAGAAAUUGGAGACAAGUUCGGUGACCAUGUGGCUGUCCAUAUUACCCAACUAGCAACUAACCAGAAAGACGAGCUUGAGAAAAUGUUUUUGGAAAGCACGGGGCCUGAGACUCGGAAUGUUUAG